AUGAUCCAACUUUUCAGCUCACUAACCAAGGUACUGAAUCCAGAGGAACUUCAAGAAUUUGUGGUGAUAGCAAGGAAAAUUUGGUGGAGAAGAAACUCUUUUAUUUUCAAGAAAGAGUUUGUUCACCCGAACCUCAUUGUAAGAGAGGCAAGAGCAGUGUUAAAGAUGUUGUCAGAGAAGAACCUAGACCAAUGCACCAACCAAGUCUCCCCCCCAACAGUUUCAUGGCAAGCUCCUCCAAUGGAAUGGUUCAAGAUUAAUUGGGAUGGAGCAGUUGACAAAGGCAAGGGACUGAUUGGAAUAGGAGUAGUGAUAAGGGACAGCUUUGGCCAGGUAAUUGCAACAAUGAGGCAGAGGAAAAAGCUCUACCCUGACCCUCUACUGGCUGAAUCAUAUGGGGCUCUACAAGCUGUCAAAGUGGCAUGGGAGAUUGGUUUGAAACAGAUCAUACUCGAGGGUGACUCAUUGCAAGUCACAAAGUCCUUGGCCGAAGAUAGAGAAGUGUUGAGUAGCUCAAGUAUGUUCUGGAGUGAGGCUAGAUGUUAUCUCAAUUUGUUUGAUAAAUGGGAAGUUUCUCAUGUUAGGAGAAAUGACAACCAUAUAACCCAUUUACUUGCAAAAGAUGCUCUUACUAUAUCUGAUUUCAUUAUAACUUUGGAGGAUCCUCCUACUCGUAUUGCAACUUUUCUUUAA